ACCCUCUAUCCUCUCCUCUCCUCUCUCUUCCUUUUUCAGCUACCCAGGUAGAGACACACAUUCAAAGAUUUAUAUUUGCUAGAAACCCAUCCAGGUACGUCGAUUGCGAUUUCAUCUACUAGGGUUAGGGUUACCUCUGGAUCUGUAAUUCUGGAUUUGCUGUGUGUGGCUUACGCACCGCCCUUGUGAUUUGUUUUGUUUCGUUUUGAAGAUCUGAAAUGAACUCACUCUUUGAUUGUUUCGUUGUUCACUUGGUUUUGAUUUAGUCUAUGUAUUUUGGGCCUCUUAGCGCUGAAAAUUAGUGUUUGUUGGUAUAUGCCCCAAAUUUUCUUUGACCGGGAGACGAGAGUAAUUUUGAGUUUGUUCCUGUUUGGCUGCUGAGAAAAUGUUGGAACAAAGGGAGAAAUUACAUAUUGAAGCUUGUGCUCGUUAAUACUUCAUGAAAAGAAGGACCUCCAUUUCAACUGAGCCUGAUACCAACUGUUACUGGAGGAUGUCUCGUCUCCCAAAGCUUCUGUUUUUGUUUCUUGAAUGAAUUUUUCUUAUUGGAAGGAAAAAAAUUGAGCCUGAGACCAACUGUGAUUCUUAGUUUAGGCCUCCUCUCUCUCUCGCGCUCAAUUGGGAGAAAAGAGGGGAGGGGUGUUACAGGAUUGUGUUCUUUUUGGUGGAUGAGAAGAUAUUGGAAACGGAAACAAAUCAACUUUUUAUACCUUGAUUUGUCAUCAUCUGAGAUCUGAGAAAACAGACCUUAACUCAAGCUAGGCCUAAUGCUACUGGCUCGCCUGACUUAGAUAUUAGAGUUGCAUAACAAAGAUGUCGGCCGAAUCGUCGAGAGAGGAAAAUGUUUACAUGGCCAAGCUGGCUGAACAGGCAGAAAGAUACGAGGAAAUGGUGGAAUUCAUGGAGAAGGUUGCAAAGACUGUGGAUGUUGAGGAACUAACUGUUGAAGAAAGGAACCUCCUCUCUGUCGCUUACAAAAAUGUGAUUGGAGCCCGGAGGGCUUCAUGGAGGAUCAUCUCUUCUAUUGAGCAGAAGGAAGAAAGUAGGGGUAAUGAAGAUCAUGUUGCAAUUAUUAAGGAGUACAGGGGCAAGAUUGAGGCAGAGCUCAGCAAGAUAUGUGAUGGGAUUUUGAAUCUUCUCGAGUCACAUUUAAUUCCAUCAGCAUUGUCAGCCGAGUCCAAGGUGUUUUACCUUAAGAUGAAAGGUGAUUACCACAGGUACCUUGCUGAGUUUAAGACGGGAGCUGAGAGGAAGGAAGCUGCUGAGUGCACUUUGUUGGCUUAUAAGUCUGCUCAGGACAUUGCUUUGGCUGAUCUGGCUCCGACGCACCCUAUAAGGCUGGGACUUGCGCUUAACUUCUCUGUGUUCUAUUAUGAAAUUCUUAACUCUCCUGAUCGUGCAUGCAAUCUUGCAAAGCAGGCUUUUGAUGAGGCUAUUUCUGAGCUGGAUACUUUGGGCGAGGAGUCAUACAAGGACAGUACAUUGAUCAUGCAACUUCUCCGAGACAAUCUGACACUCUGGACUUCUGAUAUUACGGAUGAUGCAGGGGAUGAGAUUAAGGAAGGGACAUCAAAGCGUGAGUCAGGCGAAGGGCACCAGUGAUGGUUCUUAGGAUACACAUACUCUGUACUCUUGUGACCUUUAAUAUGGAUGCCGGCUGGGUUGUUGUAGCAGUAUUACAUUAUGAUGCCUUCAAAUGUAGGAGUAUUUCAUAAGAUGCCUUAAAAUCUUGUGUUGGUGUCUCUUUGGGUUUGAUAUGUACCAUCAUAUUAUAUGCUUGAUCUUAUUAUUGGUUAUGAAAAGUAUUUGAUUUGGUGGUUGA